GAUUUGGGUGGCACAUUAGUACAAGCUGCGAAGAUGUUGCCUAAACACGCUACUGUUGGUCUUACGCUGCUGACGGUGUCGCUGAUGGGUGCAUUCUGCGCUCAUCUAAAGGCUGGCUGUAAAGUGGAGACUCUGCGGGCUUGUGGUGAGGACUACGUGCCCUAUGGAAAUCAAACACAUUUGGAAGUCUCGGGGCCGACAUUUAUGAAAGCCUGCAAGCUAUACGAGCAGCAGAUUGAAUGCAGCAAGCAAUUUACUAAAGACUGCACGGAUGGUGUGCCGAAGGCGGCUGCAUUGUUGGGCCUAGAAGCAUUCCUGGAGAACGUUGAGGCCAUCUGCACCAGCGGUACUAAGCAGUAUGAGGCCUACCACAAGGCGAUCGGCUGCAUUAAUUCCGUCGGCACGAAGAUCAACGCCUGCAUGAAUGGGAUCCGUACCGGUCUGCAGAAGGCCGUUGUCAAGGCGCCUAACCAGGACAUCCUCCACUACGCAUGCUGCUCGUACGGUGAUCUGGUUGACUGCCUCGAGCCGGUGCUGACGCCUUGCGAAAAGGUCGGGGGCAAGGAGUUCACGCUCAAAUUGAUGGAGAAUGUGUUCGGGGAGGCCCUGGAGCUGGUGUGUGGAAACUACAAAAGGGAAUCCGAGGCCUGCAAACGUCUGCCGAAGCUGCCUGCGCUUGGUCCGAAAGAUAGCAAGCUCGAGAGCUACAUUGAGCUCCUCAUUGAGACUGCCACCACAUUCGGCCGCAGAAGUUAGCACGUGGCUCGCUGUGCGUCCCGCUCCUGCGUUCUUCAGGGACUAGCGUGCCAGACGGAUCGUUAGGAUGGUGGUUGUCACGUUGCCUAACUUCCACACAGAAUGAAAAAAAAUAACACAUUUAGUACUUAUAAAAUACACGACACGAUUGUGCGAAGUUACAGAAUCGCAGAAAGCUAAGCCUUUUUAUUCGAGAGAUUGUAGUGCAUAAAAAAAAUUGAUGCCUGUAAUGAAACCACAUAGACUUUUAAAAACUUCACAUGGGACCUACGUUACGGUCCACAGUUCUCGACAAGUUAAACUCGGUGCCCAUUUUUGUUCAAUGCGGACAACGAGGAAACGAAAGUGUAACGCAUCUAUCGGAGUGUCUUGUGGUGCAAUA